AUGUCUGUUAAAAAUCAUUUAGAUCAAUCAUUUAUUGAAAGUGAACAAAAUGAAAAGAAAAAUCAAGCUGUUGAAAAUUGUUAUGAAGGAAAUGAAAAAAAUGAAAAUUUCAUCAAAACCCAAUUCUUGAAAAUUUUUUCAACAUUAGGAAUAAAUUCAAAUUUAUUUUUUUUAAAAAUGUCAUUAUUCUUUAUGUAUGGGGCUACUGCAGCUCUUUUACCUUAUUUAACUAUUCAUAUGCAAAGCAUUGGUCUAACUGUAGAAGAUAUUGCUGUUAUAUACCUGGCAUUACCUCUGACUACCUUUUUGGCUCCUCCUUUAACUGGGUAUCUGGUAGAUAAAAUAGGAAAUUAUAAACCUGUGGUGAUAUUAUCUGUCAUUUUGAAUUUUGUUUUCCAUCAUUCUCUUUUAUUUAUACCUCAUCAAGAAACUCCUGGUAUGAUGCCAGCUGCCUAUGUGGUCCGGCAUCCAGCAACAGAAUUUAAAAAAAUUUUUGUUUUUGUUAAAACAUUUUUUUUUUUUUUUUUUUUUUUCAAUUUGAGGCAUCAUAAAAAGAAGCACAAAGAUAAGAAAAAAUCUUCAACGUCUUUGCAACUUGACGUGGAAGAAGAUCCAAGAGCAUUUUUUUUUAUUGGAUUGCAUAAAAAUUUAGGGGAUCCCAUUGAGCAACUCGGGUUGGAAAUCGAACCAGAUGAGGAUGAAAAUGAAACUGUCACGGAUUUUAGAACAAGGUUUGGAUCGGAGCUUUUACUGGAAGCAGGUGUCAACGUGACAGCACUGGAAGAAUUUGAUCUGAGAUGUGGAGGACUAGUACUGGCUACAAAUUUAACCCUUGUUAGACUCAAAGACCUAGCAGCAGAUUGUAUGCUGCAAAAAUGUAAUUUUAUUGAAGGUGGUCCAGAAGUUUGCCCUCCAGAUUACAAAGAAUCUGACGAUAAAACAUUUUGGAUAUACUUCUUAUUAAGGUUUAUUGGAACUACGAUGCUGAGUGGAAGUGUGACAGUUAUGGAUCCGAUCGCUUUGGUAUUGAUUCAACAAUAUGGAGGAGAAUUUGGUAGAGAAAGACUUUUUUCAAGUAUUGGAAUGGCAUUAUUUUCACCCCUAACUGGAAUUCUUAUUGACUAUUAUAGCAAAAAUUUAGGGUACACCGACUACAGUGCUGCAUUUUAUACAUAUGACAUACUCCUCAUAAUAUCAAUACUGACGAUAUGCUUAAUGCCACCUGCUCCCCGUCUUCCAGCGGAUAAUAUUCUCAAAGAUACAUUAGCCAUAAUAAAAAUGCCUCACGUUGUUCUUUUUAUAAUAUUUUUAUUUCUCUUGGGAAAUUUUUGGGGUUUUAUCGAAAGUUAUGUAUUUUUAUAUUUAAAAGAAUUGGGUGCAAGUAAUUAUCUAUUAGGGAUUACCAUUACGGUAGGAACCAUAAGUUCGAUGCCAUUUUUAUACGGAGCCGAAAGAAUAACGAAAAAAUUAGGACAUAUAAACAUUAUUGUAUCGGCAUUUUUUUUACAUGCGAUUAGACUAAUGGGUUAUUCGUUCAUUGAGGAGGCUUGGUGGUGUUUUCCAUUUGAAGCAAUGGAAGCUUUGGCUGUUCAUUUAAUGUGGAUUGCAGCUGCAACCUAUUGCGCCCUACUAGCACCUAAAACAUUACUUGCUACUCUUAUUGGAGUACUUGGAAUGGCUCAUUUUAGUUUGGGAAGAGGAAGUGGAAGUUUUGUCGGUGGUAUUCUUAUCAGUACGGUAGGAACUCGAAAAUCAUUCAGAAUAAUGGGUUUUACUGCUGUUGGAGGAGGGAUAUCAUAUUUUCUACUUCAUUAUUUAUGGUUGAAAAAUUUAAAAGUUGUAAAAGAAUUAGAAGCUCUGUACAAAGCGGAAAUGGAGGAGAAAACGAGACAGUUGAAAAGAAAAAAAGGACCGUUGAUGAAAGACGUCGCCAUAUCAGCAGAAAGAUUAAGUUUGAUGAUAGAAUUUAAUAAUCGGGGAUCUCUCAGAUCGUUCGAAAGAAGUAUUAAUUAUUUAAGUAGAGGAAGCGCAUCAAAAGUGGACAUGUUAAAAUCUGUCCAAGAUGUUGACAAUGGAAGAUUUUCAAAUUUGUCAGUACAGUUAAAAAAUUCGGCUCCUAAUUUAAAGCGGAGGGAGAGUAUCGGUAAAGAAACGGAUACGGAAAAGAAAAGGGUAUUUAAAGGUUCGGAACCGAACGUCAUCGCAAGUUCCGUAAAAAAAAAUUUGGAUGUAGAUGGUACUCUAUACAGUUCAGAUUCAAUAUUAGAAGAAGAAGAAAUCCUAUUGAAAGAAGAAACGAUUAAUUGUAAAUUCCUAUCGGAAAAAGAAGAAAAACUUGUUUUGUAA